CACAAGUUUCUUCAUUCUUGAAAAUGAUAUGUUUGACAAACAAACCAUACAUGUUUUCUUGACAUUGAAUUUCCAUUGGAAAUCAGAAGUUGACCAAGAAAAACAUUCAGAAUUCUUUUUGCUUCUUCUUAAAUUUGAAUUUGUCGCCAACAGCAGCGGGGAAUGAUGAUCAAGAUGAAGAAAAGAGGUUCUAAUGGUACUAGUACUACGACAACUUUGAUGAUCGGGAUGACGGUUUCCGUCUUGUUUUUCUUGAUUCACCGUCUUAGUACUGGCCUCUUAUUCAAUAUCAAUGAUUCGAUUUCAUCGCCAUCAUCGUUAACGGAAAAAUAUCAAGGAUUUGUUAAAUCCGAACUGAUCAAGGAAAAAACUCAUGAUGGUCAUGACUUGAUGAAUAUCAUCGGAAAACAACCCAAACCAAAAACCAACCAAUUCAUCAUCAACUGCGAUACAAGUCACGAUCGGUAUGAUCUUUGCAUAUUAAACAGCACAACAACCUUAGACCCAACAAAUUCAACUUUUUAUGUAGACGAUGACCCAUCAUCAUCAAUUACGUCACCACCUAGUAAAAAAAUUCAUAAAAUCAGACCAUAUCCAAGGAAAUGGGAAAAUUUCACAAUGGCACGUAUCAAGGAACUAACCAUCGUCCCAACAUCUACAAAAAUUGACUGUCACAUCCAACACCAAGCUCCAGCUCUUGUAUUCAGUGCAGGUGGAUACACAGGAAAUCUCUUCCAUGACUUCAAUGAUGGAUUCAUUCCACUUUUUGUAACUAUGCGAUCAACGUUCCCCAAUGGGGUUGCCCCUAUCCUCGUCGUCUCUCUUUGUCGUGAAUGGUGGCUUCAAAAGUAUGCUGAGUUACUUAGACAGUUCUCUCCUUACCCGAUUAUAAACCUCGACAACGAUUCAAAAACUCAUUGUUUUCCGUCUACAACGACUAUAGGCCUCAUUUCUCAUGGUUACAUGACUAUAAACCCAACAUUGUUACCCAACUCCGAUUCAUUUCUCAAUUUUCGCAAGCUCGUUGGAUCUGCUUACGACACAAAAACAAGCCAUUAUAAUCAGCCAGCGCCUUCCAGACCGCGUCUAGUACUGACGAGUCGAACAGGUAGAAGUCGUGUCAUUUUGAACCAAGCUGAAGUGAUAUUGCUAGCAAAAGAAGUUGGUUUCGAAGUAUCAAUAUUCGAACCAAAUGAGCACACAUCAUUAAAAGAAGCUUACAAACUGAUAAACUCAAGUCAUGUGAUGGUGGGUGUUCAUGGAGCUGCAUUGACGCACUCAUUGUUUCUUAGACCGAAGUCGAUUCUUAUACAAGUGGUACCAGUUGGGAUAGAUUGGCUUGCAGAGACAUGUUUCGGGAAGUCGGCUAAAGAUAUGGGGUUAGAGUAUAUGGAGUAUAGAAUUAAUGUAAAUGAGAGUAGUUUGGUGGACAAGUAUGGAAAGGAUCAUUUGGUUUUGAAAGAUCCUAAGGCAGUCAUGAAAGAUAACUGGUCUAAUACUAAGGAUAUUUAUUUGAAUGAUCAGAAUGUUAGAGUUGAUUUGAUUAGGUUUAGAAGGUACCUGACGAGUGCAUACAAGAAGGCCAAAAAUUUCAUGGAUGAACUGUAAAUUGGCCAAAAAUAAGUAAAUAGUUUGAUCAUAUGUAUGCUCCAAUUUUUUCAUUAAAUUUUUUAGUAUUG